AUGUUAUUGAAAAAUAUCAUUAAACGUUCGUUAACAACAACGAAUGCAAAAAAAAAUUUGACCAUUGGAUUGAUACCAGCCGAUGGUAUUGGUAAAGAAGUUAUUCCUGCCGCAAGAAAAGUUUUGGAGGCAAUUUCUACAAUUGAUAAUGGUAGUCCAAAAUUUAAAUUUAUAGAUUUAGAUGCUGGAUUUGAAUAUUUUCAAAAAAACGGGGUAGCACUCCCUGAAAUAACUCUGGAAAUAUUAAAGAAUGAAUGCGAUGGUGCACUUUUUGGUUCUGUCAGUUCUCCGUCGCAUAAAGUCGCAGGUUAUUCAUCACCAAUUGUUGCAUUAAGAAAAAAAUUGGAUCUUUAUGCAAAUGUUAGGCCUGUUGUAUCAGUUAAAUCAAUCAAUGAUAAUGAUCAGCAAAAAUCAGUAGAUAUGUUAAUUGUUAGAGAAAAUACUGAAUGUUUGGUAGAUGAUUUUUUUCUUAUUUUAUUUAUUUACAAAUGUUUCUUUAUUACCAUUUUAUAG